AUGGAUACUAUUUCUAAUAGUAAACUGAAAAUCCAAGAACCCAAGAAAUCGAGAACCCAGAAAUCUUCAGAAUCAUCUUUGAGUUGGUCUCAGAGGGUCAAGAAACAAGCAGAGACACUGGCUGUUUGGCCAAGGCCAACUGAGAUCCCAUAUCAAGCAAAGGUUGCUAAUUCUGUGAAUUUGAUUGGCUAUGUAAAGACUCCUGUUCGUUUUGAGUCUACCCCUGAUGGAAAACACUGGGCUGUAACGGCAAUUUCUCAAGAAAAUGGUAAUGAAAACAAGUCUUUGUUGAUUCCGAUAGUGUUUGAGAGUGACUUGGCUCAUGUUGUGGCUUGCCAUGUGAAGGAGAAUGAUUGUGUUUAUGUGGCCGGGCAUUUGAGUGUGGACCCUUUGCCGUUGGUGUUGAGUGAGAGUCUUGGUAAGUAUCAUGUUGUGGUUCAAAAUCUUAACUUUGUGGAGGGAUUGAAGAGGAAUCAUUCGAACAAGAAAAAAGGGAUUUCAACUGUUGAGGAACCUAUUAAUAAAUGGGGCGCUAAGAAAGAGGUGUCAGUUGUUUCAGAUGAUGGUGAUUCUAUGGCGGAGGAUGACGAAACUCUAAAUCGGGCAUGGAGAGAUGCAUUAGAAUAUGCGAAAAAUUCAAGUUCUUUGGGCAUGAAGAAUGAUGGUGGCUCAAGCAUUUCUGUUGGGAAUUCUCUUGAGCAAUCAUUGAACAGUGGUUCUAAGGCAGCCGCAGCACCGGAAGCUGCUGAAUUCGAGGACAACGGGGAGAGAGUAUUUGAGAGCGAGUCUAAACCAGAAAAAGGUAAUGUGAAGAGUGGAGAGAUUUCUAGCAAGAAAAGAAAUGGAGAGACGAACUUCGAUUCUUGGAGGGAUCUUGUGAAAAAUCCUGAUCAGUGGUGGGAUUAUCGCCAACACAAGUCUAAUGGACUGGUUAAAGAAAACUACCCAGAUUUUAAGCACAAAGAGAGUGGUGACGGACUCUGGGUCAACAAUGCUCCAAAAUGGGUAUUUCCAGGGCUUGGAAAGUUGGAAUUUGAUGUUAAGGUUUUUAGAGCAAAGCAAGUGCAAGAUGGUCAAGGGCCUGUUCUAAGGAAGCGGGAUGGAAAAGGGGAUGAUUCCUGGAAGAACUUGGUGGAAAAUCCUGAUAAAUGGUGGGACAAUAGAUCAAACAAGAGGAAUCCUAAACAACCUGACUUUAAACACAAGGAGACAGCUGAAGUACUAUGGUUAAACAGCUCACCAGACUGGGCAUUGUCUAAGUUGCCACCCUUGAGAGAUGGUCAAAAUUCUGCUGCUGGAAAGAAGAAUGAUUACACAGGAGGGAAUCUAUGA